AAAAAAAAGGUGGAGGAAGGGAAAAGGGAAAAACGCCGACAACAGUAACUAGUUUUCUCUGCAACGUCUUCCCCUAAACUUCUCCCAACGUUUUCGCCCUUUCGCCAUAGAAGCCCGUCUUCCGACUGCCUCAAAGUCUCUCUCUUUCUCUCUCGAUCAAUUCAUCUCUCGCCGUCUCCAUUGGCGUGUUGCCAUAGCGUCUUCCGUCGCCGGUUCCUCGAUCGCGAUUGUGGCAGGGGUUCCUAUUUCGGGAUUAAAAUUAGGGUUUUCCGAAGGUUGCGCCUAUGGCUCCUGGGCGUAAAAGAGGAGCGAAUAAGGCUAAGGCCAAGGGACAAUUGAGUUUGGGCGAUCUGGUUCUCGCCAAAGUCAAAGGUUUUCCUGCUUGGCCUGCGAAGAUCAGCCGGCCUGAAGAUUGGUGUCGUGCUCUGGACCCAAAGAAAUACUUUGUUCAGUUCUUUGGAACGCAGGAAAUAGCUUUUGUUGCUCCAUCUGAUAUUCAACCCUUCACUGGCGAUGCAAAGAAUAAACUUUUAGUGAGAUGUCAAGGAAAAACGGUCAAGUACUUCGCACAAGCUGUAAAGGAAAUCUCUGCGGCAUUUGAAGAGUUGCAGAAUCAGAACUUAAAUGCUUCAGGUGACAGGGUUGUUAGAGCUGCAGCUAACCAUGGGGCUCCGUCUUUGGACACUAUUGAAGCUGAUGUGAUAAAAUCUGAGUUACUUGAUGAAACAAACUAUAAAGAAGCUAGGAAUGAUGCAACCGAUAACUCCGAUUCUGAGCUGGAGCUUUGUUCCAAUAGAUUAGAUGAGAAUAGUGAAGCAGAGGCAAAGCUUGAGGUAGUAUACAAUGGGAAACGGAGUUCACCAGUUUUGGGAUCAAAGAAUAAAUCAUCCUCCUUGAAUAGUGGACUACUGGAGCAUGGAUCUCCUGAUCCUGUCACGAAGAACGAAGAUCAUGAUGAUAAAAUCGAUGCCCUAGCUUGCACUGAGCUUCCUGGUAGUGCCCAGAAAAAUCUGGCCAAUGGACAGAGAAUACAGAAGAUUUCUAGUGGCUUGGAUAGAAGACGCACAGAUGCAUCCCACAGAGACAAAAGCAGUAACUCGUGUGUGGCUGAUGGCCUAGCUGCUAGUGAAAGUUCUCUCCAUGAUGCUAAUAGAAAAUUGAAGGACAGUAAAAAGGGGAGAGAUUACGGUGGUAAAAAACAAUCUUUAGAAGCUGAUAUUGUUUCAGAUUUCACCAUUGAAAUUUCCAAAGAUUCAGAAGACUUGCUGAAAGAGAAACCUAGUCCUAAAGUCUCCUGUGCUAAGCAUUUGGCACCUCACUCCAAGGGUGGGGUAUCUGGCAAGAAUAAGAGGCUUCAAAGUGAGUUAGGAAUGUAUGUAUCAGGAGCAGAUGAAAGCUCACAUGCUUUUAAAAGGCUGCGGCUUGAACAUGCAAAAGAUUCAAGAAAAUCUAAAAGCAGUCACCAUCUUUCUGUUGGUGAGGACAAAAUUGAAGAACCUGAUUCUUUAGGGGCUACACUAGAAUCGAAGCCAGAGAUUGUUUUAGGAUUAAGUGCUCGAAAAGGAAAUGCUCAAUUUGGGAAAGAAGUAGUUGCUUACACGAAGCGCCGCAAACAGACUUUGGAGCACACAAGCAGUUCUUCUGUUUCUGCACGUCAUGAUAAAGAGGGGAAAGGUCGUCCUGAACAAAAGAAUAGUUUGUCCUCCUUUAGCAGCAUUAAGGUCUCAUCUCCUCCAGCUUCUCAGUUUCCGAAGAAACGGAGGGCUGUGUGUAUCUAUGAUGAAGAUGAUGAUGAUGAUCCUAAGACUCCAGUACAUGGAGCACAUGCUAAUGUUCCCAAAUCAACACCAGUUCCUCCUGCUGAUGGUCCUAGAAGUGUUGAUACCUGUCACGGUACAUCUAUCAAAACUAAGCGAUCCGCUGGGUCGAUUGGCUUAGGUAAUACUGAACCAAGGAAAUCACCUAUGGGGAAACAUAAUGAGGAUGUUUUACGUGCACAACCAGUUAGUGUGGAGAGCCCUACUAACAGCUUGCCUAUUGGAAAUUCAGCCGAUGAAUUGCCGCAGAAGGAUAUCAAGCAGCUCUUCAGAGCUUUAAAGAAAUCACCUCAGCCUGUAUCGGCUAACGAGAAGGUUGCAGGACAAAAUAAAUCUGCAAAAUCCUCUGCUAAAGUUUCUUUUGCUGGGAUGCAAAAUAAGGCUCGGGGUGUUUCUUGCAAGGAUGCAGUUGGGGUUUCUGAUAGAGCAAACUCUUCUCAAUCUCAGAUUGUAAGUCAGAGAAAUCAAUCAGCUGCUUCCGGGGAAAGACCAAGAGCUGCUACAAAAGCUGUGCCACAAUUGAAUGUUGCUGGUGUUUCACGAGAAACGUCUGUAGACAUGUUUGAAACCAAUAGAGAAAAUAGAAGUAUUUCAUUGAUCAGUGCUAGGACUCCAGAUACUGUUACAUCUAUGAAGGAUCUAAUCGCAGCUGCCCAGGCAAAAAGGAAACAAGCACAUUUGCAAGAUUCAAUUUUUGUGAAUCUUAACCAUAGUUUCUUUAGCAUCAGUGAUGCACAGGUGAGGAGCCACAGCCCAUUCGUUAUUCAGAAUGUUGCAUCUUCUGCUGGCAAUGCGGCGCAGCCUGGUGCACUGGUCCACCAUCUGAGUUGUUCCCCAACAAAUGAUGGUCAACAGUUGUCUUCAAGAGAUCAGGUUGAGAAGGUAGAAAAUGAAGAGAUGAGAGUUAGUUCUGGGCACAGGUCAGUUGGGGGUUCUCUGAGCGGUGGCACUGAGGGAGCUGUUUCUCGGGAUGCUUUCGAGGGAAUGAUAGAGACUUUAUCAAGAACCAAGGAAAGUAUUGGACGUGCAACACGCCUGGCAAUUGAGUGUGCCAAAUAUGGGAUCGCCAGUGAGGUUGUGGAACUUCUUAUACGGAAGUUGGAAUGUGAGCCUAGUUUCCAUCGUAAAGUGGGCUUGUUCUUUCUUGUUGAUUCAAUCACUCAGUGUUCGCACAACCAGAAAGGUAUAGCCGGUGCUUCAUACAUUCCAAUUGUGCAAGCAGCAUUGCCACGCCUUUUAGGUGCUGCUGCUCCUGCAGGAACUGAUGCCCGUGAAAAUCGUCGUCAAUGUGUUAAGGUGCUGCGCUUGUGGCUUGAGAGGAAAAUUUUCCCUGAUUCUCUUUUGCGUCGUUACAUUGACGAUGUUGGAGCUUCUGGUGAUGAUGCAACCGUUGGUUUUUCCCUGAGGCGCCCUUCUAGAUCUGAGCGUGGUGUAGAUGAUCCCAUAAGGGAAAUGGAAGGCAUGCUUGUUGAUGAGUACGGAAGCAAUACGAGCUUUCAGUUGUCUGGGUUUUUCUCUUCUCAUAAGUUUGAAGAUGACGAAGAAGAUGAGGAUCUUCCAAGCACAUCAGGAAAAGCUAACAAUGCAUCUAUGGUGGAACCGGUCCAUACCCUAGGAGAGCUAGAAAUGCGGUUUACUCCAAAUGAUAGACGCCAUUGCAUUUUGGAGGAUGUGGAUGGCGAGCUGGAAAUGGAAGAUGCGUCUUGUCGCCUGAAGGAUGAAGUGCCUUGCUCUGUUUGUGAGACUGAAGCACAAGAGCAGCCACUGGAUGUUAGGGAAUCAGCUGAAACGAGUUCAGUGGAGCCUCCCCCUCCUCUAGAGGGUUCUCCUCCAUUGCCUGACGAGUUGCCUCCAUCACCUCCGCCUCUGCCUCCUUCACCCCCACCUCCAUCUCCCCCUCCACCGCCAUCAUCUCCACCACCGCCACCACCACCGCUACCUCCGUCAGCGCAGAUACCACCAUCACUGCCGCCACCGCCACUGCCACCGCUAUCGCCCUCAGCGUCGAUACCACCCCUGCCUCCACCACUGCCGCCUCCGCCUGUACAACCUAUAGCUCCUCCACCAUCAUUAAUAGUUCAACCAACCAUGCCUAACUAUCCUCCCUUACCACUUCAGCCAGGGUUCCCUACCUCAGCAUAUCCAUUAUCGCAGCAAUCAUACCAGGCAUCAAUGCAGCGGGACCAUUUUAGAAUUCCCAGUAGUAAUCAAAUUGUCGAGGGGGCUGCAACAGCUGAAUUUUCCGUGCUGCGGACUACUUGUUUUGCUCCAGCAGCUUCUUCUCAAAGCCAACGUUUUCAGCCAGGAUCUACCUCUUAUAUUCAAAGACCAAUGGUUGUUAGGAAGCUGCCUCCAACACAAUCCACCCAAUUUCCAUUUCCUAGUCAUGGUGUUCAAUCACAACCCCAGCAGUCCUAUCCUCAUCCUUACUCUUUCCCAUCUCGACCUGAUGGUGGAAGGCGGUAUGUAAAUGAGGAACCAUGGCGGAUGCCUUCAAGUGGACAUGGUGCCGAUUACAAGAAUGAACCCUGGAUAAGUGGAAGAAAUCCACUUCCAGACCCUCCUAGAGCCACAGAUGGUUUCGUUUGGCCACCUCCUGAGAGGCCACCUCCUGAGAGGCCACCUCUGGGUGCUAUGGGAUAUCAGCUUUCUACUGCUAAUAGUACACAAGCUGGCCCUCCGGUCCCAGGUCAUGCUGCUUCCCAGAUGCUGCCUUCCCGGCCAGACAUGCCUCCUGUGAAUUGUUGGCGGCCAACUUGAUGAUAGGUUCCAGUUAGACAGAUUUUCCCUUUAUAUGGAGGAUUGUUUUUUGGAUAUACCCACUUCUAGAGGUUCAGAAGCUACUGUGACGCUUGCCAGGAUUCUGUAUAUUGUAAUUUUUCCUGACAAAUGUGUUAUGGGAUCGUAUUCUUCGCACUAUAGGCCCUUGUUUCUAACUUGGAAUAUGAAGCAUGCCUUUGUAAACAAUUGCAACAACAUUCAGUCAGUUUUACAAGAAUCUCCAUGUAGCCAUCUUGUGCACAACUGAUCUGAAGAAAUUUUGUUGAGGACAUGAGGCUUUGGUCUGAACUUGGAAUGUCAUGAUCAUGGUGUUCCAAGAUGGUCGUGCAAACAGAUAGAUUUCCUCGAGGCCAUCCUGGUCUGAUCAAGCAUCUCCUAACCCUUGAGGAUGGAUUGGGAAAGCAAAAGCUAAAAUGGGUUAAGUUGCCGUGACCUUUCUGGGUGGCAGAGAAUUUCACAUCGGCUGAAGUCCAAUCCUAGUCUCUAUCAGAUCCCGGGUUGAAGGUUAGAUUUUUCCUUCUCUAACAAGUUGAGUCUCCCGUCUUACAAUUUUGAGUGAUAAAAACGUGAAGGUGAAAAUUUUUGGAGCUGAAAUAGGAGUUGUGUGUAUGUUUUCAUAUUCUCUCUCUAACAUUAGACAGAAGCUGGUGGCUUGACGUGAAACUAUCAAAUGGGCUUCCUUCACAUGUUUUUGUGUGUGUAAGGUUUUGGCGGGCACAUGAAGAUUUUAAAAGAGUGCACUUUAUAGUUUACAAGUUCUUCAAGGCAUCUUGAAAUAAAAAGGUGUGUAACUUUUUCUUUUUUAUCAGCUUUCGUUAGUUAUAUUUUUACAGAGGUUUCAUGACUGAUUUUAUAUUCACUGUCACUUACUAUUUAUAUAAAAGAGUAAUAUAAAGGUUCUCUCA